CGACCCCCGAGGACUCGUGGCCGAGCCGGCGCCUCGCGUGGCCGUGGGCUGGGGCCAUGGAGGCCUUCACCCGCUUCACCAACCAGACCCAGGGCCGGGACCGGCUCUUCAGAGCCACUCAGUACACAUGCAUGUUGCUUAGAUAUUUGUUAGAGCCCAAAGCUGACAAAGAGGAGCUGGUAAUGAAGCUCAAGAAACUGGAGUCCAGUGUGAGCACUGGCCGCAGAUGGUUCAGACUAGGCAAUGUGGUUCACGCUAUGCAGGCCACUCAGCAGAGCAUUCACGCCACGGACCUGGUGCCCCGCUUGUGCCUAACGCUCGCCAACCUGAACCGUGUGGUGUAUUUUGUCUGUGACACCGUCCUCUGGGUGAGGAGUGUAGGGCUCGCCUCCGGCAUUAACAAAGAGAGAUGGCGAAUGUGGGCCGCACGCCAUUACUACUAUUCUCUCCUGCUGAGCCUGGUCAGGGAUCUGUAUGAAAUCUCCCUGCAGAUGAAACAGGUCGCACAGGACAGGGCAGCGAGGGAGAAGUCGUCAUCCCAGGAUCCUCUGGGGUACAGCGUGGCUGACGAGGAAACAGAAUGGCUCCAGUCCUUUCUGCUGCUCUUGUUCCGAUCUCUGAGGAAGCACCCCCCCUUGCUCCUGGACACGGUGAAGAACCUCUGUGACAUCCUGAAUCCUCUGGAUCAGUUGGGGAUCUAUAAGUCCAACCCCGGCAUCAUUGGGCUUGGAGGUCUCGUGUCCUCUGUAGCAGGCAUCAUCACUGUGGCCUGGCCUGACCUGAGGCUGAAGACUCACACCUCUUAGUGGAGCGGGCAUUUGCGUCGGGCACAGACGUGUUCACUGUGCCGAAGACUUGUUCACGAGAGCAGUUAGUGUCCUGGCAUGUGCGCAGAGGUCGCGCCAAGGAUGGAGAAAGGAGAACAUGAAGAUUUAUAUAUGGUUUUUGGAGUGCUGGGAUGACUGAAUUUCUGAGGUUUUCCCUUCAUCUGACAUUCACUGGGCCUCUCUUAGGCACAUAGUAGGAACUUAGUAAUUGCUGAAUGAAUAAAAAUUGAAAGAAAAAAAAUGUAAAGGCCCAAACUAACAAGUAAAUACUAAUCAGUAACUUGUGGGCUAUGAGCCUCACUGCUUUUGCACCACUACAGCAGGUCUGAUUCCCAGCCCUCGGCUCCAGUCGAGGCCCCUUCCAUAGAGGCCAUGCCAGGGUGGGGGGAGCUGGGCUUAUAGCCUCUUAAAUUGCUCGCCUUGACGUCACUGACUCCUGUUUUUCCUCUGUCCGGAAGUAGAAUCAGAAACGCACCAGGCACCUUAAAGGUAUGAAUUGUGUCUUUAGGUAGUGCAGUGAGUAAGCAAAAGAAUCAGAAGCAGGUAGAAAGCAGGAGGUUAAUAAGAAUGUGGAAGGUCACAAUGGAUACCUGUAGGUAGCCUGUGACAG